GAUGAAUUAGCGGCGGGUUCUGCCGUGCGGCCGUGACCGGGUCCCCGCGUGGAGUCCCCAGGCUCGCCCGAGUGUCCGUGCGACGUCGCGAGGCUCGCCCGUGCCCGUCCCAGGUAGCUCAGUGAAGCCCGUGAAGAUCUCGCUGCUGCUCCCCCAGCUCAAGAGCCAGUUUAAGACCAAGUGCCCAGAGAAUGAUGGUAUCAUGGAAAGGGAUUUUUUUUAUACUCUUCCUGUUUGCUGGAAGUUUUUGGGGAAGUAUUUUUAUGCUGGGUCCCGUCAUACCUUUGAUGUUAAUAAACCCAUCUUGGUAUUGCUGGAUCAGCAGCCGCCUGUUGGCCACCUGGCUCACACUUCCUGUGGCGUUGUUGGAGAACAUCUUUGGUGUAAAAGUGGUUAUAACAGGGGAUGCAUUUGUACCUGGAGAAAGAAGUGUCAUUAUUAUGAACCACCGAACGAGAGUUGACUGGAUGUUCCUCUGGAAUUGUCUGCUGAGGUGCAGCUACCUCAGACUGGAGAAAAUCUGUCUCAAAGCCAGUCUCAAAGCUGUCCCUGGAUUUGGUUGGGCCAUGCAAGCUGCUGCCUUUAUCUUUAUUCAUAGGAAGUGGAAGGAUGACAAGAGCCACUUCGAAGACAUGAUUGAUUUUUUUUGUGAUAUCCAUGAGCCACUUCAACUCCUGAUAUUCCCAGAAGGAACUGAUCUCACCGAAAAUAGCAAGGCUCGUAGUAAUGAUUUUGCUGAGAAGAAUGGACUUCCAAAAUAUGACUACGUCCUGCACCCGAGAACUACAGGCUUUACUUUUGUGGUUGACCGUCUGAGAGAAGGUAAAAACCUUGACGCCGUCCAUGACAUCACCGUGGCGUACCCGUACAACAUCCCUCAAACCGAGAAGCACCUCCUGCUCGGAGACUUCCCCGCCGAGAUCCACUUCCACAUCCGCCGGUACUCGGCAGCCGCGCUCCCCACGUCCAGGGAGGACCUGCAGCUGUGGUGCCGCGCGAGGUGGGAAGAGAAGGAGCAGCGGCUGCGUGCCUUCUACGAGGGCGGCAGGCGCUUCCGGGCUCCCGAGAGGAGCGCCUUUCCCCCUUGCAAGUCUGAGCUCCGGGUCUUUGUGGUCAAGCUGCUGUCCCUGCUGUACUGGGCUCUGUUCUGCCUGGCCAUGCCCUUGCUCACAUACUCCUACAGUCUGGUGCGGUGGUAUUUCAUGAUCUACGUUGCGUUCUUUGUGCUGGAAGAGAGAAUAUUUGGUGGACUGGAAAUCAUCCAGCUUGCUUGCUACCGUUUUUUACACAAGCAGCCACAUGUAAGUUCAAAGAAAAGUGAGUAAGGUUCAUACUGUAAAACCCUAGGGGAUAUUUUAGAAAUGCUGUAAGCCUUUGUAAACUGAGAUGCAUUUUUGCAUGACUAUGUCAAAUAUUUCUUACUAUAAUCGUUAUUUGUUAAAGGUAUUUUGCACUUAAUUUCAUGGGGGACAUAUUGCCACAGUCUUCUUUGUAAACCCUUGAAUGUAAUUCCAAUGCUGCGUGUGUAGCAGGGAUCGAUGCUAUGAAACGACUCGGGCCAGAGUGUCACGAGCCAGUCAUCCGGCUGUUAAGACCGGGUACUCAUGGGUGUUGCUGAGAGGAGCCAGCCCCGUUUGCUGAUGGGUUCCAGACCACAUGCAGGUCUGGCGCUCGGAAGCACUGGCCCCACCACAUGCUGGCACUUGGCUACCCAGCUAGCUCAUCCCUGGAGAUGAGCACUAGGCUUCCUCCCUGGCACGGACCACAUCCUUUCUAUGCCAGUCAGACACAGAUCCAUCCUUAAGAUCAGAAGCCAGAACUUCCUUGCUCCAAACUGACCAUUGUUUUGAUAGGAAUCCCCUCACUGGUCCUGGCAUCCAGUGAAGACCACCUGUGCCCUUUCCUGGGGGCAUCACGCCAGUGUGCGCCUUAGGGAGCAGCCUCAGGCCUCCGGUCGGAAGCCUUCAUUCCAAAUGUAGGGGCAGAAGUGGCUCAGCUUGCUUGUGGCCUUCCAUCCUGAGCACUUAGUGCUGGCUCGUCACAGUGUUGGCAGGUGUGGCCUUCUCCACCAAGCAGUACACGUGCAGUCAUAUGCUUUAAAAAGUCAUUUCUCCACCAAGCAGUACACGUGCAGCCACAUGCUUUAUAAAGUCAUUUCUCCACCAAGCGAUACACGUGCAGCCACAUGCUUUUGUAAAGACAUAUUUCGAAGAACAUUCUGUUAUUGCAGCCAGAAGCAGUUGUCUUGUGAAACAUUUCUUUAGAAACUACCUAAAAAGGAAACUUACUGUGUUUUCUGCAUGUGUGUGGAUGUCCGCCUUCUGCCAUGAGAGCCACAGCCGAACUGGCUGCGGAGUGGUAACGGUCCAUUCCAAAUCACUCAGGCCCUGAGCCUUGACAAACCAGGUAACACAGAAUGUUCCCUUUUCAGUGAUAGCAAGAAAUCGCUGCUUACCCUUCUUUCCAUAUUAAUAUUUAAAAACCCAUUUGAUCAUUUGCUAAAUGUUCCUGUCAUUUAGAAGUUGCGGAAAAUCCAGCAAGCCAAUAACACCGCUGUCAUGGACACGUUGGCGUUGUCCCGUCCCUCGACCCACAGGUCCCCGUCCCCCGUCAUGGAUUGGGGCAGUGGUCAGGACUGCAGCAAGUAGAAAGCACGGAGGAGCUGAGCGCUGGCGAAGCUGCCAGCUCCACUCCUGCGCCGCACCAGCCUGGUCUUAUGUGCUGUGUGGGCAUGAGGAUGUUCUCCUUCAUGAUAUCUCAGUCUCGAUUGACAUGAUGUUUUCACCCAGCAGUUGAGUUACGUUUUGCCAUGAAAGGUAAACACACAUGAAAGGUGAGCUGAACUUACCAAGCAGAUCUUUGAGAAAGACUUGGUUGAGGCAGAGCACAGUUGACGUGACGGUUCUUUUAACUGGGAAGGUAUUAACUCCUUUCUCUAGCGGAGCACACCAAGCUGUGUUCACAGCUCCUUCGAAGCUCAUGUUAACCCUACUGGGAGCUAACUAAAUAGUGUACACAUCUGCUCCCAACACAGUUGCUUAACUUGACAGUUUUUAAGGUUAAAAAAACAACACAUUUUCCCCUUUCCUGAAUGAAAAAUGCUUCCAAUUUGGGUUUCUUGAGGACUUCCUUGGGUCUUAUUUAAACACAGAAAUAGUUUUAACAAUCAGGAUUGUAUUUUCCCUAGAAAAGAGAAAAGCUCCACCCCCCCAGGAGCUCGGGAGUAGCCCCGCCCUUGCUGCCCAUCACCUGGCCCAUCGGUCAAGCGUGACUUUCAUGUAACUGUCCUCGAGGUCAAAGUCCUCUCCAAUGGGAAAAUCCUUUCUCCUUCGAUCAUAGAAAUCGUGGUGAAGGUAAAAUACAGGUUGUAUUUUAUAAAUACAGCACCUAAACUGGAGAAGGUGAAUACUUUACUUGCUGUAGACAUAACUCCAAAAAAGGGAAAAAAAAAAAACUUUUUAUAAGGCUUUUUAUUGUAAUGAUUUGUGUUUACAUAUACAUUUACCUAUGUAAAAACUUGUUUCUUUAAAAAUAUUAAAGAAGUACAGCCAAUGGUUGUAAGCAUAGAACUGUUUGAAAAUGAUGCUAGAAUGUCACAUGUAAGUUACUGUAGCCUGAGUGAAUGUGCUUGACCUUUGCAAUGCUCCCUGCCAUUCCUUCCUUCCGUCCGUCCAUCCAUCCGUCCGUCCAUCCAUCCGUCCAUCCAUCCAUCCAUCCAUUCGUCACACGGGGCUCGGAGCUGUGAGUCCUGCCGUAGCAGAGCGGGCUUCCUGCAGUGACGGAGAGCUCCGAAAAUGGAAAUGUCCCCAGUGCUCUCUGCUCUUUUUCCAGUUUACCAUUCUGAAGUUUAUGUACAGAAACUGUGGUAUUUAUAACAUGAGCUAUUAUCUUUAAAAUAUAAGUAUUUUAAAUACACCAGACAUCUUUGCUGAGAUAACCCAAGGACUCCUGAAAUAACACCCAUAGGACAUGGUAGAAGACUGAGAAUAAAUAAAUCUGGAAGAACCCAUUAUUUAAGACUCCGGUAAAAUUCUUCCUUGCCAUGCUAUCAAAAUGUAGACCACUAGAACUAACAGUUUCCACUCAAGUCACUUUAAAGGUAGCUCCUUCCAUGCCACCAUCCCAAGAAUCAUAACUUGGGAGCGGAUGGAAUUCUGCAAACAGCUGUUCCCUUUUCCCUGGGUCUGCAAGCUCUGGCCCAGCAACAGUGCCUCUGUUCCUCUUCACAGUGCAGACUAGUGGAGGGAGGCUGUUGGGGUUAAACUGUUUACAUUUCUUUUUAUAAAUGAUGUGCUUUCAGUGCCUUAGUUAUGGGUCCCUUUCUUUUUCUUGUUCCAAGAAUUUGCGAUGUGUUUCUUAGGUGAAGUCCCCCUUUGCUACUCACUGGGAAGAAAGUGAUCUCUCGCCACUGGGUGUUGGCUGAUUAAAAAACUGCUCUUGUAACAUGGAGAAGAGAGCUCAAUGCUGAGUUAAUGGCUGCCUUAGAGGUCUUAUUUAUACUGCAGAAGAUGACAAUGGCUUAGCCACACAAUGAACUUCAGACUAGAUAAGGCCCCAAAGUUGUCCUGUACCUACCUUUAAUUUGUAUUUCAGAGGAGAAUCUUGGUUUUGGCAACUCAUUUUUUUAAAAAAGAUCAUUAUGUGGAGAGCACAAAGUUUUAAAAAUAACUCACAGAAUGGCCUUAGUUUCCAAUGUCCACUGGUAUGUUUGUGAGAUGUUAUCUGUAAUAUACAUCCAAAAUAAAGUGGGGUAAAUUACAUAGUUUA